AUGGCGGCGGGCAAGCGCGGGGCAGCUCGGCCCCGCCCGAGGCCGCUGACGUGCGCUCCGCCUCCCGGCUUAAGGGGCGGCGGCGGCGGCGCCUCUGUGGAGCUGUGUGCGGUGCUGGUUGAUCAGCGGGCUGCUGGUGGGCUGUUCGGGCCGUGUUGGUGUCACCGCGGGCGGCUUGGCAAAGACGAGAGCUCUCUAGGAGGGCAUGCUCACCUGGAAGUGUUCUACACUUCAAUGCAGAGCAGGUGAUUCACACUGCAGCAAAGCGUCUGUUUUAUUGCGGAAUUUGUUACUGUUUUGGUGCGAGACCCCAGGACACAGAAAGAAGACUCAUGGCAUUCUUACAUAGACUACGAGAUAUUUAUUCAUACAAACAGUAUGUGCUUUACGAGGAAAACAUCCUGUGUUAGACGGCGCUUCCGAGAAUUUGUUUGGCUUCGGCAGAGGCUUCAGAGCAAUGCUGUGCUCAUACAGUUACCUGAACUGCCAUCUAAAACUCCCUUUUUCAAUAUGAACAAUCCCCAUCACGUGGACCAUCGUCGCCAGGGCCUGCAGGAAUUUCUGGAGAAGAUUCUACAAAAUGCAUUAUUGCUCUCGGACAGCAGGCUUCACCUCUUCCUACAGACUCAGCUGAGUCCGGAAGAUAUGGAGGCUUGUGUAUCUGGGCAGACCAAAUAUUCUGUUGCUGAUGCGAUUCAGAAGUUUGCCUCUUUGAAUAGGCGCUUUCCUAUAGAAGAUGAAGAGAGAAAAAAAGGAGGAAACGAUGCAGACUCUGAUUCGGAGAGUUCAUCCUCCGGGCUUGGACCUAGUGAUGACAGCAUUUCAUGUGGAUGUAAAGCAAGCCUAGCUUCUGAAGAAUCAUGAAAGAUCAGUUCUGUAUUCUUAUCUUAAGGACAGCACAAAAUGGUUUCUUCUAUGUUUACCAGUUACAUACCCCACAUAAAUGCAACUUGCUAACAACAAGCACCUAAAAGACUCAUUGUCAACACAACAGUAUGUCCUUACAGAGUUUUUAAACAGGCCUCGAUAUUAUUUCUUUGAUUUAUUAUGUCUGCUGACUCAGGUCUAUGUGUUACCUAUUGCAUUUACUUCUCUGUAACUAUAAUAAUCUCAGCAUUGGGUUAGUCGUGUUCCGCUGACUGACGUGGCUGUUAAAAUAUUUCCCUUAGUGAGUGCACGUCUUAGAGCUGGAAAAAUAAAGAUAACUUCAUCCUCAGCUUUAGAGUUGGUGUAUCAUAUCAAACACAGUCAAAGCAUCUUUUUGUAAUUUGCAACAGAGAAGUUUCAUCUUUAGAAGUCAUUUGACAUUGGUGAUGAAAUUACAUACCCCGCAAGGUAUUAACUUUUUCAAGUAGCUCAGCAACAUCAGCAAAACAACAUUUGUACGAACUAUACACUGCUGACAAUUUGAGAUAUAAAUAUAUCUUCCCUGAUCUUUCUGUGAUGUUUAUGGAAAGCCUGUUUUUAUCGUGUAUAAGAACAUAAGGCCAAAAUUCUUGAGUAUGGUUUCUUGGAAAUUGGAAAUGAUAAUAAAAAUGACAUAACUUCUAGGGUUGCUGAGGAUUCUCAGUUCCCAGGGAAAUGAUGGGUACUUGUUCCCAGUGAGAAUCUUGGAUGCAGUCCAUUAAAACCAAUGGCUGAAUUUUCCACUGACUGCACUGUGUCCAGGACUCCACCCAACAUAUUUAACUUCAUGCACCUACGUGAAGAUGUUAGGAGCCAUGCUUUAAUGUAGCAGCAUAAAUGCUGUCUGUCACUCCGAGGUGAUGAUGAUCCCAUAGCUGCAACAAGCGGCGUGAAUGCGGGCUGGAAUCUUUGGGAAUAACUGGAGCUGCCGGUUCCAUUGUGGCUGCAGUUAGCACAUGGAUACGGAGCACUUCACAAACAAAAGGCAGGCUUGGAUACAACUCUGUAACCACCAAUUCUUAUUUUGAUUAAACGUCAGCGCUGCUCUUUAUUGUUAGCAGCAGCUGCGUAGCGUCUUGUCCCAGGCUCUGUCAAAGGAAUACGUUUUGCUGUGGUGCUGUAUUUAUAUUUGACAUUUAGCUGCUAUUAAAAAGAGCUGGGGGGUCCGAUGGGCCCAGCAGAGCUCCGUGUGCUCCGGCGCUGUGUUCCCAGCCUAAAAUGGGUGCGUGUGUCCUCUUUAAGAAAUCCGGGGCUACUUUCAAAGAAGGAGCGUUGUUCACCUCCUAUGCAUUACAGAAACAAUAGAUUAUUAACUGGACACCUCAUAAAGGUUAGCACAGGCAUGUGUGGGCACGCUUUUUUCAAGCAUCCAGCUGGGAAUCUGUGUAAUUUUAGAAACGUGUUCUAAUAGCCUGAGGAUAACAUCUCUUAGGUAACUGCUCCGAGCCACUGUUUUCUGUUGAUGGCAGCGCUUUCCUGAGAUAAAUACCCGUGCUUCUUUUUGCUUAGUCUGACUGAAUUGCACAAAUGGAUCUCUUUGCCAUCUCGGCUUGUGUGCCAGUUAGCAACGAAGCUGUUUUAACGUAAAACUGAUAACGUUUAAUUAAAGCAACAAGUUAUAGCUAAAAGUAGCCUAAAAAUAGUACCACUGUCACGUAGGGAUGGUUCCAUUGCACUACUUUGUUUUGAGAGAGUGCAUUAUUAGAAAAAUUGUUUUGGGAGCUUAUUUAAAAGAUGGGGAUAUAUAAAGCUGGAAUAAAGCUAGAAAUGGGAGCGAUGUCAGAGGAUGAUAAUGCUGUUUUUAUUUAAUGAAGUAUAGGAUGGGUGGGCUUUCUUUUAUUUUUUUUAAUAUUAUUUUUAGGUUUUGUUUGGAAAGCUCGAGCCGGGCUGCUGAAGCACUUCACUGCCCUGCCCUGCAAACAAGCCCUCAAUAUUUGACAAAGUGCAGAAACACAGAGCGUGGAGAAACCUUUGUGGCUGUUUUGUUUUUCCAUUCCAGGAGCUGAUCUGUUUGUGCGCUGCUGAAUGGAUUCCAAACAAAGGUGUUUCCGAAAUAAAUAUCAGUUUUCUAUCAAUUCUGUUCUUAUCUUGCUGUUUCCUUUGUCAGAUUGCUCAGAAGUUGGAAUUCUACAGCAGCUCUUUCUUCUGAUCGGGAAGAAAUGUGUUUAAUAUUUAUCUUCUCACUGUUGGGUGUAUUGGUUGUACUAGUGCAUCUUUUUUAUUAUUAUUAAAAAGGAAGGAAAAGUGUUCUAUGUCCCAGUAUUUAUUUUGUGUAUCAGCUGUAUGUGAGUGCACAUGAAUGCUUUAAUUGGAAGCAUUUAAGUGCUAGUUUCUAUUUAACUUAAAGAUAUUAACAGGAAAUCGGUGUCUUUUGCAACUUGAGCAAGGAGGUGAUUGUGAGUGUCGCGCGUUUUGCUUUUGCAAGAGCAGCCCUGGUAUUCAGAGUGGUAUUUCUUCGUUUUGAGCCAUGCCAUUUCCUGCUGGUCUUUCAAACAGGAAAUUAAGAGGAAAUGGCUCCAGCCAUCCAGGCUGUCGAAUUACAGAGUGUGUACCUCCAGGACGUUGUGAGCAACCGGUUACUGUGCCACUGGAACACAUUUAAUAAGAAAGAAGAGAAAAAGACAUCUUUUGGACAGCAAAUGUUCAUGAGAAGAGCAGGGUGCUUCUGUAAACCCCCUCUACCUUCUGCCUGAAACAUCCCAUGCCCAUCCCAUGAGAUUUUUAAAAAUACGUUGAAAUGUUUAGUGGAAUAAUAUUUAAAUACUG